CUAUAUAUUCUUUUGCAGUAUGGCUAGAACUAAGCAAACUGCCCGUAAAUCAACUGGAGGAAAAGCCCCCAGAAAACAACUUGCCACAAAGGCUGCCAGAAAAUCAGCUCCCACCACUGGUGGAGUCAAGAAGCCCCAUCGUUAUAAGCCCGGAACAGUAGCUCUUCGUGAGAUCCGUAGAUACCAGAAAUCUACAGAGCUCUUGAUUCGCAAGCUGCCUUUCCAGCGUCUUGUCCGUGAAAUUGCCCAAGAUUUCAAGACCGACUUGCGUUUCCAAUCUUCCGCUAUUGGCGCAUUGCAGGAGGCUGCUGAAGCCUACCUUGUUUCACUCUUUGAAGACACCAACUUGGCUGCCAUCCACGCCAAGCGAGUCACCAUUCAGCCCAAGGAUAUUCAAUUGGCUCGCCGCUUGCGUGGUGAGCGUUCUUAAAGGAUUUGUCUUUUGCCUUCUUCUUUAAUUCGUCAUUGAUAAUUGGAUCUGUUUAUUAAUCGUGAGAUUGUUUCAAUAAAAAAAUAUAAUUGUCAUUUAUUGAUAUAUAUAUAUAUAUUUAUUUAUUU